UCUGGGCACAGGUGUGUGACACUGCAGAGUGGCACAGGUGGAUGCACUGCUGGGCACAGGUGGAUGCACUGCUGGGCACAGGUGGGCAGAGCUAGUGGGCGCACUGCUGGGCGGAACGUGCGGGUGGCACUGCUGGGCACCGAUCAUCAGGGCACUGAUCAUCAGUGCCCUGAUGAUCGUGUGAGGAAAGUGCAGCCGAGAACCGGCACUUGCAUUUCCCUCUGAUGAGCGUGUCAUUGGACACCGCUGAUCAGGUGGUAAAAGGCCGCUGUGAUCGGCUGUGUCCGUAGGAUCAG